AUGCCGCCAAAGAGGAAAGUCGACGGUUCAGUCGCCGCACCUCAGCCGGCAUCCCGAAACCCGAUCCCAAAGAAGACUGUUCCUCGCAAGAGCGGUCCUAGAGACGGCCAUGUCGACGAACUAUCUACUCCUCGAGACGGUCCUUUAGCCGGGCGAAAUUCAAAGGAUGACCCCAAGGGUGAAAAACACAGCCGUAAACCCCAUCACCAUCCUGACAGCUUCGAUGCUGCUCUGGAACCUUUCUACUAUGACAAGUCUUUGACAGACCCGAUCGAUACUGCUCGUGACAAAUGGAACCUGCUACCAGCGUUUCUCAAAGUCAAGGGAUUGGUCAAACAGCAUAUUGAUUCUUUCAACCACUUCGUCGAGGUCGAACUGAAAAAGAUUAUCGAUGCCGAGCCAGUCAUUACGAGCGAUAUUGAUCCGGACUUCUACAUCAAAUAUGAAAACAUCUACGUCGGAAAGCCCAGGAGAUACGAUGAGCACAUGGGCGAUUUCAGAGACUCAAAGGAAGAAUCCACCGUCACACCCAACGAAUGCCGGCUACGUGACAUGACUUAUGCAGCGCCAAUUCUUGUUGACAUCAGAUACACGAAAUCCAAGGUUGCUUAUCGACGGAAAGGGAUGCCGAUAGGUCGCCUGCCCAUCAUGCUGAGGAGCUCCAGGUGUGUCCUCGCGAACAAGUCGGAGGCUGAGAUGUGUGCAAUGGACGAAUGCCCCUUGGACCCUGGAGGUUACUUCAUCGUCAACGGAACUGAGAAGGUCAUCCUGGUUCAGGAACAGCUGAGCAAAAACCGUAUCAUCGUGGAAGCUGACUCAAAGAAAGAGCUUAUCACCGCCUCAGUCACCAGCUCUACCCACGCCAGGAAAUCCAAGAGCUACAUUGUCCUCAAGAAAGACAUGCUGUAUAUGCGGCAUAACAUCUUGAACGAGGACGUUCCUAUUUGUAUCCUAUUGAAGGCAAUGGGCGUGACGGCGGACAUGGAUAUGAUGGCCAUCGUAGCCGGACCCCACGAAGCUUUGCAAGACGACUUUGCGAUUAAUUUCGAGGAAACCAUCAAACUUGGAAUCCAUACACAACAGCAGGCUUUGGACUAUCUUGGAGCUCGGAUCAAGAUCACCCGGAAACCUACGCCGUUUGGGCAAUCGCGCCGAAACUACGUCCAGGAGGCCCUGGAGGCGGUCAGUAACGUUUUCAUUGCUCACGUCCCAAUUGAGAACCUGAAUUUCCGACCAAAAGCCAUCUACGUGGCACACAUGGCCCGCCGUGUCCUGAUGGCGAAGCAAAAUCCGGCGCUCGUCGAUGACAGAGAUUAUGUUGGCAACAAACGCUUGGAACUGGCUGGCCAGUUACUGUCCCUCCUGUUCGAAGACUUGUUCAAGAAAUACAACUACGACAUCAAGAUGAACAUGGACAAGGUCUUGCGCAAACCGAAUAGAACUGAAAUGGCUGAUCCAUGUACGGUCAUGAUGGGUCACGCAAACCACAUCACGCAGGGAAUGAACAGAGCCAUUGCGACCGGCAACUGGAACUUGAAGCGAUUCAGGAUGGACCGAGCAGGCGUCACUCAUCUGCUCAGUCGACUGAGCUUCAUUGCCUCUCUCGGUAUGAUGACCCGAAUAUCGAGUCAAUUCGAGAAGACUCGAAAAGUCAGUGGUCCUAGAGCGCUCCAACCAUCGUCCUUUGGAAUGCUUUGUCCUGCCGAUACACCUGAAGGUGAGGCUUGUGGACUGGUCAAAAACCUUGCUCUCAUGACACACAUCACCACUGAUGAUGAGGAAGCUCCGAUCAAACGUCUCAUCUUCAUGCUUGGAGCUGAAGAUGUGGUCACUGUGGGCGGAAACGAGCUUUACACCCCAGGUUCAUAUCUUGUUCUUUUGAACGGAACUCCGGUGGCAACCACAAGGCAUCCAUCACAUUUCCUAACUUCAUUCCGACGUCUGCGGAGAUCAGGGCGUAUUUCCGAGUUUGUCUCCAUCUUUAUCAAUCACCAUCACAGCACGAUCCAUGUUGCGACCGACGAGGGACGAAUCUGUCGGCCGCUCAUCAUUGUCGAAGACAAGAAAUCCAAAGUCACCAAGCGUUACCUCAAGUCCUUAAGGCAAGGGUCCAUGGACUUUGACGAUUUCUUGGCACGUGGUUUGGUGGAAUAUCUGGAUGUCAACGAAGAAAACGACAGCAACAUUGCAAUGUAUGAGUCUGAUAUCAACGCCACCACCACUCACCUGGAGAUCGAGCCUUUCACCAUCCUUGGCGCUGUUGCCGGCCUCAUUCCCUACCCUCAUCACAACCAAUCGCCGCGAAAUACCUACCAAUGUGCUAUGGGUAAGCAAGCCAUCGGAUUUAUUGCCAACAACCAGUUUCUACGGAUUGACACGCUGCUCUACCUCAUGGUGUACCCACAGAAGCCCCUGGUGAAAACGAGAACCAUUGAACUGGUCAAGUACGACCAACUUCCCGCUGGGCAGAACGCCACAGUAGCUGUUAUGUCUUACAGCGGAUACGAUAUCGAGGACGCUCUUGUUCUCAAUAAAGCGUCGGUUGAUCGUGGCUUUGGUCGCUGUCAAGUCCUUCGGAAAUAUCCAGUCAGUCUGAAACUCUAUGCAAAUGGCAGCAAAGAUACCGUCGAAGGGCCUACGAUGGACAAUGGCGUGCCUAUCAAAGCACAUGCUUUGCUUGACGAAGAUGGCAUUGCGUCUGUCGGUGCCAAAGUCAGUCAAGGCGAAGUAUACGUCAACAAGUAUAUCCCUGAGAAUUCGAAUUCCUCCGGCUUGUCGGAUGCAGGGUCCAAUAGCCUCGGGACUGCCCUGAUCCCGCAGGCCCAGAAAUAUCGGCUUUAUGAUCCGAGCUACAUCGACAAAGUGAUGGUGUCCGAGGUGGAAUCUGGGAACCAGCUCAUCAAGAUCCAGACUCGACAGACCCGGGUUCCAGAAGUUGGGGACAAGUUCUCAUCCCGACACGGGCAGAAGGGUGUGGUGGGGAUUAUCGCCGAACAAGUGGACAUGCCUUUCUCAGACCGUGGCAUCACACCAGACAUCAUCAUGAACCCGCAUGGUUUCCCCUCUCGGAUGACGGUCGGCAAGAUGCUGGAACUGGUCUCUGGCAAAGCCGGCAUUCUUAAAGGAAAAUUCGAAUACGGCACUGCGUUCGGAGGUAGCAAGCUGGAAGACAUGUCGAAAGCUCUCAUCGAAGCCGGAUACAGUUACGAUGGCAAGGAUUACCUCACUUCCGGCACCACUGGCGAGCCUAUCCCUGCAUACGUUUUCAUGGGUCCUAUCUACUACCAGAAGCUCAAGCACAUGGUCCAAGACAAGAUGCACAGUCGAUCUCGAGGGCCACGAGCCAUCUUGACGCGUCAGCCGACAGAAGGUCGGUCGAGAAAUGGAGGCCUACGACUCGGAGAGAUGGAGCGAGACUGUCUCAUCGCCUACGGCGCGUCCCAAUUACUCCGCGAGCGGCUGAUGUUAUCCAGCGACAAGCAUGAAGUCGACGUGUGUGAGUCCUGCGGGUUCAUGGCCUUUGGUCGAUGGUGCCAGCGUUGCAGCACGGCAGGUGAACCGGGGUCGAACGUGGUCCGAAUGACUCUACCGUAUGCGUUUAAGCUCUUACUCAACGAGCUGGGCAGCAUGAAUGUCAACACGAGAUUGAUUGUGUCGGAUGAGUUUCCCACCGAUGGGUCCAGAAGAGCUUAG